AUGCUGGACAGAGGCGACGGUGCCUGCGGGAAAACAUCUGCGCUGAACGUGUUUACAAGAGGAAAACUACGUCCACGGUAUUAUCACUCUGCCUUGAAUUUCUACUCUCACCCCGGAAACUCGAAACUCAUACGCGCCCCAGAUAUCUUCGUCGAUAAUGUACAUAUGGAGCUUUCGCUAUGGGAUACGGCCGGACAGGAAGAAUUCGACCGGUUGCGUGCGCUAUCAUACGAGGACACGCAUGUGCUCAUGCUCUGUUUCAGCGUCGACAGCCGCGACUCGUUCGAGAACGUCGGCUCGAAAUGGAUUGCCGAGAUCAACGACAACUGCCCCGGGGUGCGCGUGGUGCUGACGGCCCUCAAAUGCGAUUUGCGCAAGGAUGACGACCUGAACGAUAAUCCCAACACCAUCUCGUUCCAGCAGGGGCUGGCCAAGGCCAAGGAGAUUGGCGCUGUCAAAUACCUGGAAUGCUCCGCCGUCCAAAAUCGCGGGAUUAGAGAAAGCUUCUAUGAAGCCGCCAAGGUCGCUCUCGAGGUUAAGCCCGCUGGGUCCAAGGGAUCUGGCUCUCAGUGCAUCAUUCUUUAG